AUGCAACACGGAGCACGUGUCAGAGCCGCGGCCGGUGCCCUGCCCCGGGUGCGCGUGCGCGAGGCCCACUCGCCCGCACUGCCCUUUUCCAACGCCUCGUGUGGUCGCGCCUGGCACCGCGUGGCGGGAGCGUGGAGGGGCGUGGCCUCGCCUCAGGCGCUCGGGGGACUUCGCGCCACCGCCUCGCGCCCUGCCAUUCUUCGCCCGGUCGGCGCCCGGGGCGGGCGGCACGCGGUCUGCAUCCCUGGGAGCCCGCGAGCCCCGCGAGCCGCACGCGCCGCUGCCGGCCGGAGCCCUUCGGACUGUCGAAGCCGGAGCCCGGGGCCAAGCCAGACGUCGAGGCUUAACGCCAUUUUGCAAAUCUUGAGAUGUCUUAACCCAAAUUGGCUCUUAUCCCCAUACAGGAAGGAUAAGAAAAACCACACGAACAAGCUUCGAGAGCUGGCCUUGCUGAUCCCUGUGACCAUUAAGACCAGAAACAAGAAGUACACCAAGAAGGAGAUCCUGCUGCGUGUCCUGCACUACAUCCAGUACCUCCAGAGAAACAUUGACAUGGCCAAGGCCUUGCUCAAGCUCCACAGCAGCAAUGGCAAAGGUGGAUUUGUGGGGCCAGGUUGGAACCCAUCCGCUGGCCAGACACAGCGGCGACACUCUACCCCCUCCAGCUCUCAGAAGUCAAGCCUUUGGAGCACCUCUUCCAAACCUCAAAAGAAGAAGUUUACCCAAGUGUCAGAGCGCCCAGCCUGGCCCUAUAAGCCUCGACGCUCUCUAGCUCUGGACCAGGCUGAAAAUCCUAUCACCGUACACCCAGGCCUAAAGGAAGAAAAUGAGGAAGAUGCCACCUAUCUGGGCGACCUCAGCCCUAGCACCUACCCCACAACUGAACCGUCCAUGUCUGAAGGCGAUGGACAAGGGGCCCAGCUGGUGUUCUUGGACAUGGCUCAGAACAUUGUUGCCUAUGACAUCACAAGUGAUCAUGCUAUAGAAGUCCAGGAUGGAGAGCCUAAUGCUGACAUCAAGGUUCAGAGGUCCUAUUUUCUCACCAGGGCACAGCCCUGUGUCAGGCAGAAGCUAUUCUUGUGUACUUCCAGUGAGGCAGACAAAGAAGCCCCAGACACUGACCCCUGGCUUCCUGUUUGGACCUCCGAGGACAGCCCCAAUGAGAACCCACUGGCUUUGGAGUCUUCCCAGAUCAAUACCUGGCAUGUGGCAAACUACCUGAAUGAGAUCUUAGGAGUCAGCUCUUCUCUCUUCAGCUCCCCAAGCAAAAUCCUGCCGGAUCAUGUCCUGGAGGACGGCACCUACUUUCUGACUGAAGGUCUCUUGGAGUCUUCACCUGCUGCCUGUGAAGUGGAGGCUGCACAAGAGAAGUGUCUUCUUCCUCUUCAUCUGAUCCAAGAAGUAUCCUCUGAAGGCCCCACAGGCCCACCUAACUUCCAAUCCUCUAUCUCACUGGACCACUGCUACCUGUCGCUGAGUGAGAAUGUCAAGGUGCUGUCCAACUGUGGCUCCAGCUCAGAGUCCACAGACACAGAGUCCCUGUGGGGACAGGAGGAGCAGGUCAACCCUGAGGGAUUGCAGACCUCGAGUGAUGAAGACAGAGACUACACAUGGACUCCUACCCGGCGAUCUUCUGGCCUGCCAGUAGCCAGCAAAAAGAUCAAGAAGGUCCAGGCGAGCCAAGGCCCCAUGAAGCCCAAAGACAGCAGGAAAGCCUGCCCUGGCCAGGUGAAGAAGAAGUGUGUUAAUGGCUUCAUCAUGUUCUGCAGGAUGAACAGGAAGCAGUACAUCCGAGCCUGUCCUGGAACUGCAUCCACAGCUGCCACCAAGGAUCUGGCUCAACUGUGGCGAGGGAUGACUCUGGAGGAAAAGAAACCAUACUGCACUAAGGCACGCAGGUUCAGCCGCCAGCACAACCGCAUUGUGAAGCAGGAGAGCUCCAGCAGUGAGGACGACGAUGGGGAGACCCCUAAGCCCUUCUACCAGCUGCUGGCCGAGAAGGCCCAGGUGUCUUUGGGCCUCACCUCACUGCCCACCUCUUAG